AUGGGGAAGGAAGAAUGGGUCCAAAAAUUGUGGCCUGACUUCAUUGAAGUGGGUGCCAAAAGAAUUGAGGAAUUUGACAACCGAGCAAAGGAUCAGGACCGUGCUGUUUGGAAGCUGUUCCGGAUUGAACCACGACCUCUGGAAUGGCCUGGGGUGCAUUCCCGGCCGCAUGGGCACCAGACGGCCUCAUUGCUCCAACUCCUUGAAAAUGGAUCUGAUCCUGGGCAUAAGAGAAUUUAUUUUGAAUCCUCCGAAGAUGGAAACUGGGAGUUCAUUGAUAAUGAAGAGGCUUUGUGUAGUUUAGUGUCAUCUCUGGAUCGCAGGGGUCAACGUGAGGCUUUCCUCUUGUCGUCCUUGGAGAAACGAGAACUAUAUCUCUGCCGAGCAAUGUCCAAUGUAGUAAAUGAUGCUGGAAUCGGGCAGCUAAACCAUUCUGAUCAAUCUGAUCAGAAUACGUCCAGAGAAGAUAGUUUGUCAGCUGUGUCAGAUGUUGACAACAACCUAUCAUUGAUUGAAGUUCAGAAGGAUGUUCCCUCGGGUGCUGUUGUUUUUGAAAUGAGGAAAGCAGAACAACAGAGACAUAGAUGGAAUCUUACUCAAGCGUUUGAUAGAUGGAUAUGGAAAUCAUUUUAUUCUAACCUAAAUGCUGUUAAGCAUGGCAAAAGGUCAUAUGUUGAUUCUCUUACAAGAUGUGAACAUUGCCAUGACCUCUAUUGGCGAGAUGAGAAGCAUUGUAAGGUUUGCCAUACCACAUUUGAGCUUGAUUUUGAUCUAGAAGAGAGAUAUGCAGUUCAUACUGCCACGUGUCGGGGAAACUUGGAUGUUAAUAAGUUUCCAAGGCAUAAAGUCCUAUCUUCACAGUUGCAAUCACUCAAAGCUGCAAUUUGUGCAAUCGAGUCUGUUAUGCCUGGAGACCUAUUGGUUGAUUCAUGGGCAAAAUCUGCUCAUAAUCUUUGGGUGAAAAGGUUACGACGUGCCUCAACGUUGGCAGAGUGCCUGCAGGUUAUUGGUGACUUUGUCAGUGCUAUCAAUGAGGACAGUUUCUACCAAUGUGAUGAUUCUGUGGAGUCAAAUUGUGUUAUGGAAGAUAUUCUUUCUAGCUUUCCAACCAUGCCACAGACGUCUUCUGCAUUUGCAUUUUGGUUGGUGAAAUUGGAUGAGUUGAUUGCACCUCAUCUUGAAAGAGUUAAAUCUCAGAAUAAAUUGGAAGUAAUUAGAAGACUUGAAGGGAGCAGCGCUGCACAUUAGUAUUUUUUGUUCCGGAAGGUUGGAAAAGUAAUGCAGUGAUAGCAGGAAGAUUUCCACUCCUAUUCACUUCGUAUGGUUGUCUAUGCUGAUCUCGUAUGGUUGUUUACGCAACUCAUCGAAGAUAGUUAUGAUCCGCAACCCAUUGAAGAUGACUGAAUACAGUGUAAAUCAGUGGCUACUUUUUCUAGGUUUCUGGAGGAAAAAGACACCAUUAUCUUCCCAGGCUCAUUCAAUAUUUGUACAAAUGGUUUCGGCUGGUACCUGAAUACCUGAGUGAUCUGUUAGUGUACAGCAGUUAAAUAGUAAGCAUGAGUAUUGCCUCCCCACGAUCUACAAUUUUGUGACGCUUGUAUCUGCCAAAAGUGCAUUUGCUGAAAUCAUGGCACCUCAUUCUGUAUCAAAUAGUGCUGAAAUUCUCUUUUGGAAAGGUGGAAAUAAAAUUUUGUUCUGAUUCCAAAUCCA